AUGGUCUGUAACAUAAUCAGACUCAACUCCUUGUCAACAAUAUGGUAUACUGUACUUACCAUACUGCUACAAGCCUACAUACUGUACCUGUCAAUCCAUCGCUAUCGCUUGUAUACCGAGAUCAAAUGGCCACACAACGCCUAUCCUCGUGGCUGGCUUACGGUGUAUAUAUCGCUAUGUGGUGCUUCUAUACCAUUGAUGGUACUAAUGGGACUAUUUGGUGUUUUUAAAACAGGCAACUUGGCUGGCGACAAUAAGAAGCUGAAGUGGUCGGAAAAGGAUGACAAAAGAUGUCGCGAGAAGGGCUGUUUUCCCUUCUCGACCAUUCGUGCCAUUUGGAUUCAUGCUCCACCCUUACCCCAAACCCUACAUUUACUAGCGGCUCUGGUACAGCUGGUCGCUCAACAAAUCAUGCUGGCUCAGCUGUAUCGCUUCGGAUUCAUCAAUUCUGGCGACUUAUUGAACACUGAGCUGGACUUUUUGUAUCAAAGGUCGCGACAACUCGCAACUAACUUACCGAUGGGCGACACACGACUACAAGGCUUCAGAAUCACUAGCGAUGAAUUGGCUGGAAGUCCAUUGGCUCCGAGACUGUUACCAAGUAAGUUUUUGGGUUAUUUUUGAAAUUUAGAACAGAAAAUGGCAAGAACUUUCUUUACAAAGCAUAAAAUGGCAAGAACUUUUUUUACAAAUGUUAAAACGGCAAGAACUUUGUUUACAAAAGAUGAAAUGGCAAGAACUUUUUUUUACAAAUGUUAAAGGACCAGUUCGCCCGUUCAAAUAUCAUUGGCAUUCUGUCGCAAAAAUUCGAUGUUCAUUUUUUUUCGCAAAAAACCUGAGCAGGUCGGUCCCAAAUUGAAAAAUUCAUUUCGACACCGACCCACUCACAUUUUUUUGAGAAAAAUGAUCUUGAUUGAAAUUGCCUAAUUUUCGACGCUUUUUGCGACAGAAUGCAAAUGAUAUUUGAAUGGGCGAACUGGUCCUUUAAAAUGGCAAGAACUUUCUUUAAAAACCAUAAGAUGGCAAAAACUUGCUUUACAAAACACAAAAUGCGAUUAAUCGUAUAAGAUGUCACCUGCAGGCCGCCGAACAUCAUACUUAUUUUAAAAAAUUGUAAAUGGCAAGAACUUUCUUUACAAAACUUCAAAUGGCAAAAGCUUUCUUUACAAAUCAUGAAAUUUUAAACUUUUCAGUUCUAAUGCACGCGCGACUCUUUGGCAUUCCAUUGGAAUUUGUCAACUUAUUCAUCGCUUUGAUCGCCUACGCCGCCGCUUACCCUUCAGUUUUUUGGAAGCUGAACAAAUGGUUUUCACUUUGGUUUACACUACAAUUACUGAUUCACAGUGCUGAUGUCAUCUUCACUUACCUUGGGUUUUCAAUAUUGUUUAGGAUUCAGGAGACUAACUACUACAGUCUGAGGCCUAUUGGCAUUGGUAAGUAAUUUUAAUGACAUUUUUAGGGAAAUUUGUCGUUUUUGCGACAUUGUGUCAUCAUGACACUCAUUUUUAUACAAUGUCUCAAGCAUAAAGUAAAAUAAUGAAUAAACAUUUUGUAUUUUACCUUCAAAUGUCAAAAAUUUUAGGACAACACUUGGCUGUAGCAUCCCAACUCAUUGUCUAUUUACCAGUAGUAAUAUUGGGCACGUUUGUCGCUACAAUUGUACUUAUGAUGAUAGCUCCAAUUAUUGUUUAUGCCUAUGGAUACAACAAGUACUAUGUAAGUAUUACCUAUUCUUAGCAGUAGUCCCUAGCCCGAGAGCCCUAGCCCAGAGCUUUAGCCCAGAGCUUUAGCCCAGAGCCUUAACCCAGAGCCCUAGCCCAGAGGCCUAGCUCUAGCCACAGCAAUUACUUUAACAUAUACCGUACUUUCAGGCCACAGUAAAAGCCAAAUACGACAGUGAAGCCCCCACCCCGAAGCCAAAUGCAGUUGGUUUACUUGACGACUUUGAUGGUGGUCGACAAAGCGACCAAACCACAUUACCACCGUUAUGUUGUGAUGGCUACGGCCCUCAUGUCACCGCCAUCUUCUUACUAGUCAUAUUAGUCAUCAUCAAAGCACCAACCAUAUAUGCACUACUGUUACUAUACCAACACGAUGAAAAACCAUUUUUACUGUCUUGUCUCAUCGCUGAAAUUACCUACCUAUUCUCGUGGAUACUACUGUGGUUACUGUAUACUUGUAAACGAGAAUGGAAGUUCAAAAUACCGCCAAGACAAAUGUAUUCACCAAGACCACCGGUAUUGGUCAGCAAUUAUCGACCACCAGAACCGACCAACUUGUUCUCUGGGACUUACCAGCGAACACAGUAUGAAAAGAACAGUCCCACGAACUAUGUAAGUGUCCUUUGAAUGUUUUUCUUAAAAUUUUAAAACCUAAUGUAAGAGUAGUGUUGGUACAGAGAUUGUAGGUAGAAUCAGGGUAAAGCUGGAGUAGAAUUACGGUAAUGAAGAGAGAUAGGCUACGGGUUAAGACUUUGAGGAUGCGCUAGAGGUAAGACUAAUCUAGGGCUAACAUUACAAAAAGGUACAGUAAUUUUAAGUUGCAUGGCAUUAGUAAAGCAACAUGAGUUUAAAUGGGGUAGAUAUAGAAAAAAUAUACGGUAAUAAUACGGUAAGAAAAGCCAAAAUUACGGUAAGCCUAACAUCUUAAGAUAUUGCCAGAGCUAUGGGUAAAACUAGGACUCAGGUUAAGACAAAAGCUAAGGCUCAAGCUCAGGUUCAGGACAAGGCUAACCUGCAGGCUUAAGCUCAUGCUCAUGCUCAUGCUCAUGCUCAUGCUUAUGCUUAUGCUCAUGCUCAUGCUCAUGCUCAUGCUCAUGCUCAUGCUCAUGCUCAUGCUCAUGCUCAUGCUCAUGCUCAUGCUCAACUUCAGACUCAAGGUUAAGCUUAAGCUUAGGCUCACGCUCAUGCUCAGGCACACCCUCAUGCUCAUGCUCAGACUUAAGCUAAAUCUCAACAAAGUUGUUUCCAUUCUCUAUAACAUUUUAUAGCACCCAGAAUCCUACGCCUCAAUCAGACGCCCGAUUCGACCAGCUGGACUGAUGUAUGCUCAGAAUUUGAACGAAAAUUCGAACGAUUAUGCUGCGAAUCCAAUGGAUUACAACAAAAUUGGCACAUUGAACAAUACAAACACUACCACAGCAAGCUAUGGGUCUUAUACACUGGGCAGGACCAGUAAUAUUAACUAUGAGUAAGUUGCUUUUUAAAAUGGCAAGAAAUUUCUUUACAAACUAAAAAAUGCCAAGAGCUUUGUUUACAAGACUUAAAACGGCAAAAACUUUCUUUACAAAACAAAAAAUGGCAAGAACUUUCAUUACAGAACAUAAAAUGGCAAGAACUUUCUUUACUGAACAUAAAAUGGCAAGAACUUCCUUUACAAAUUCAAAAACAUAAUUUUUAGGUCUGGCUACGGUACCUACGGUAUGUCAAAUGGCUCUCCCAAAUCAAAUACGUACGCUCCAAAUCAACAAAAACUUCAAAUUUCUGGAAAUUCGGUUACAAAACCAUUGAUAAGUGGUGCCAACUUCACUUCAAAGCCAAACUGGGACCAACCAAAUGGCACAUAUGGCAAGGUGAGUUUUAUGUCAUAUCAAAAAAUAUGAUUCUCGAAUUUAAAAACAUUUACGACAUUUUAAAAUUACAGAAUGUGCGAUUUUCAGAUUGAAAAAGCUCACGACCCAGCAGCUCUACCCCCACCAGCGACCAUGACACCCUCGUCUACUCUAACUAGUCAAAACAGUAAUACUUCAUCAUUCCAACAGAACAGUACUAAUCAGACCGCGCAGUUGACGACAUUACUUAUGAAACAUGGGUCUACGUCAACAUUAACCCAGCUCGACCCUAACGCACAGUUUGCCACCAGUGUGGUAUAG